ACUGCGGGUUGACUUCCAUCCCUUGUGGACUAACAGUCAGCGUCCGACAUCUUCACCAUGUUUCGUACAGUCACCCACGGUAGCCGGAUACUCUCCUUGUGUUUCGUCUUAUGGGCAUUGGUUGCUGUCGUUUCGUCAGCACUCUCGAACCCCGCCGAGCUGCGAAGGUGUCCGCGGUGCAGCAAGGACACCUUGAACGACAUCGUCUGGGGUACCGCCAGAGAUGUGCCUCGCUGUGAUAAACCCAUUCGCUGUAAGGAAGGCCACGUGACCAGACAGGCCUGCGGAGCUCCCAUGUCUAUGUACGUGAAACAAUGCUCCAAUGAGGUUGGUAAGGGGCGCAAGAAGGCGCCAUGUGGUUACGUGGGGGAUCCCUUCCAUACUUGCGGCGCACCACGCUUUCACUCGAACCCCCAAGCGUGUAAGUGCCCUCGAAGUGUCAUCGAGUCGCAAUCGGACUACGGAAGCAGCUCACAAUCAGGCCGGAGCUCUAGCAGCAGCUUCUGGGGCUAAUUCUACUGUUACAAGUCAACCACAUCAUUCAGAAGUAAUCACUGGUUCCAUGAAUUCACACCCAUGUUCCUAUGUAUAUAUUCAAAUUCAAACCCAUGUUUCUAUGUAUAUAUUCAGUUCAUUCAAAACUCUGUUAGGGCAUUGGAUUGCAAGAAUCAGCAAUCCCAACCAAAUUUGUGACUGCUACAUUUAUAGGUCAUUUGUUACUUU